AACUGCGCUGGGAGGGUCCCCUCGGAGCUGAGGGGGCGGGGAGCCAGAUUUCGCGCGUUGCUCAGCCAGCGUGACGGAGGAGGAGGGAGGAGGCGCAGAACCGCUUGCACCGUCUUCCCGGCUUUGCCUGCUGGUUUUUCCUUUCUUUUUUCCCAGCCGCCGCCAUGUCCCGCCAGAGCAGCCUCCUCACGUUUUUCUCAAAGCCUGCGGAGAAGAGUCAGGACGGUGGCAGCGAUAGCCCCGCAAGAAACACCGAGGUUUCGGCCAGUGCCCCUAGUAGCAGCCGGGGCAGGACGCCAACGCUGCCGGCGGAUUGUGACUUGAAUGACUAUUCACCUGGUGAUUUAGUUUGGGCCAAACUUGAAGGCUACCCGUGGUGGCCAUGCCUUGUGUAUGCACACCCAACAGAAGGAUCCCUUUUAAGGGGGAGAGGAAGAGCAUCACGUAUCCAUGUACAAUUUUUUGAAGAUGACCCUUCAAGAGGCUGGGUUAGCAUUAGAUAUAUAAGACCAUAUAAAGGUUCUUCAGGUAGAGACACCCAGAGGGGAGGUAUGUUUUACAGUUCAAGACCUGAAAUUAAAAGAGCAAUGGAACUGGCAGAUGCUGCUAUGAGAAAGGAUAAAAGUGAACGACUAGGUCUAGCUGUGUGUGACAAACCUUCAGAAAGUGAAGAAGAGGAGGAAGAAGAAAUGGAGCAGAUGAGUGAUGAAGGCGAUGAUUUCGACACAGAAGUAAAAAGUAGAAAUAAAAGGAUAGCUAGACGAAAGCAUUCUGAUGGAAAAGCCAAAAAAAGAAAGAUUUUCAUAGAUUCAGGCACAGAAAAUGAGGGUUCGGAUAUGGAAUUUCAGCCAGAUGAAGUUAGCAGUGAUGAAAAUAGUAUUGAAAUAUGUGACAAUGAAACUUCUGAAUCUGAAACUGUCCCUCAAAAGAAGAAUUCUGUUAAAGUACUUACUAAACAUUCUCCUAAACAAAUGCAGGACAAGGCAUGUAAAUCCACCCAAGAGGCUAAUCUUAAAAACAACCUCUCUGAUACACCCAAUAGGGAAUUCUAUCCUGACUUCAUGCAAAAAUUAGCAUCUUAUGCUGCUCCUGAAAGUUUUGAUUUUCGGCCAAGCAUUAAUGGAGGAGGAGCCGGAGGGGGUGGAGGAGAUGGUAAUCCAACCGUAUGGGAGCAUGAAAAAAUAGAUUGGCUUCAGGAUGGCAAAAGGAAGGAUGGUCAUAGAAGACGACAAAAUGAUCCAGAUUACGACCCAAGUACUUUAUUUGUGCCAGAGGAUUAUCUUAAAAACUGCACUCCAGGAAUGCGGAAAUGGUGGGAGUUGAAGAGUCAAAAUUUUGAUGGUGUGAUUUUUUAUAAAGUUGGAAAAUUUUAUGAAUUAUAUCAUAUGGAUGCUGUUGUUGGUGUAAAUAAGCUUGGAUUGGUAUUUAUGAAAGGCACUUGGGCUCACUCAGGUUUUCCAGAAAUGGCAUUUGAUAGAUUUGCCAAUGUCUUAAUCCAAAAAGGUCAUAAAGUUGUACGAGUCGAGCAGAUGGAGACUCCCGAGAUGAUGGAAGCACGGUGUAAAUCUUUGGCGCACCCAACAAGGUUUGACAGAGUUGUGCGCCGAGAAAUAUGCAGGAUAAUUUCCAAAGGCACACAGACCUACAAUAUUCUUGAUGGUGACUAUUCAGAGACCCACAACAAAUACCUUCUUUGCAUAAAAGAAAAAACAGAUGAUUCUGUUGGCUUGCAUCGUACUUACGGAGUUUGCUUUGUUGAUACAACAGUUGGGAAGUUUUAUAUUGGCCAGUUUCCAGAUGACCGUCAUUGUUCUAGGUUUAGAACACUUCUGGCUCAUUAUACUCCUGUACAGAUACUUUUUGAGAGAGGAAACCCCUCUGCAGAAACACAAAAGAUACUUAAAGGCUUAAUCUCUUUUACUAUUCAAGAAAGCUUGACUCCUGGUUCUCAGUUCUGGAAUGCAUCUAAAACUUUAAAAACUCUCAUUGAAGAAGAUUAUUUUCAGAACAAAGAGAAUACAAAUAGUGGAAUCACUCUGCCCCCAGUAAUCAGAUCCAUGACUGCAGAAAAUGAUUCACUUGGACUUACUCCUGCAGAAAACAGUGAACUUGCUCUCUCUGCUCUAGGCAGUUGUGUAUUCUACCUUAAAAAAUGUAUAAUUGACAAGGAACUUCUAUCAAUGGCAAAUUUUGAAGAAUACAUUCCUGUGGAUGUUGAUAUAGUUAACAGAACCAGAUCAAGUAGUGUGUUUGAGAAAACAAACCAGCGCAUGGUAUUAGAUGGGGUAACACUAGCAAACUUGGAAAUACUGCAGAAUGCAACCAGGAGUUCAAUAGAGGGCACAUUAUUAGAAAAAAUUGACACUUGUUGUACACCUUUUGGAAGAAGACUCCUGAAGCAAUGGCUUUGUGCACCAUUAUGUAAUCCUUGUGCCAUUAACGAUCGCCUGGAUGCAGUUGAAGAUCUCCUAGCUGAGGCUGCUAAAAUGUCUGAUAUCCGUGAUCGUCUCAAAAAGCUCCCAGAUCUUGAAAGGCUUUUGAGCAAAAUUCACAGUAUUGGAUCUUCUCUUAAGAACAAUAGCCAUCCAGACAAUAAGGCUAUUUUAUAUGAGGAGGCUAGGUACAGCAAGAAAAAGAUUAUAGAUUUCUUGUCUGUACUGGAAGGAUUUAACAUAAUAAUUGACAUUAUCUCAAUGUUGGAAGAUACUGUUGGUGGCUUUAAGUCUAAAAUACUAAAACAAAUAACAACCGUGAAAUCAAAAAAUCCAGCAGGCUGCUUCCCAGACUUGAAAGCAGAACUUGAAAGAUGGGAAUCUGCCUUUGAUCAUACCGUAGCACGGAGGACAGGUGUGGUUAAUCCAAGAACUGGUUUUGAUUCCGAUUACGAUGAAGCUUUAGCAAAUAUCAAUGAAAUUGAGGAAAACCUUCGUCAGUAUUUGGAAAAACAACGCAAAAUACUUGGUGUCAGAGCCGUGAUGUAUUGGGGAGCCGGCAGAAACCGUUACCAAAUGGAGAUUGCAGAAACUGCUGUGCCUCAGGAUUUGCCUGAUGAAUAUAUCAUGAAGUCCAGUAGAAAGGGCUAUAAACGUUACUGGACAAAAGACAUAGAGAAGAUGUUAAAUGAAAUUAUCAGUGCUGAAGAACGGAGAGAUUCAGCACAAAAAGAUUGCAUGAAAAGAUUAUUCUAUGACUUCGAUAAAACCAGAAAAGAUUGGCAAUCUGCGGUGGAAUGCAUUGCUGUUCUAGAUGUUUUGUUAUGCCUUGCACGCUAUAGUCAGGGAUGUGAUGGACCAUUGUGCCGCCCAGAAAUCUUGUUGCCAGAGAACACCUCAACUUUUCUGGAGCUCAAAAGUUCACGCCAUCCAUGCAUUACAAAAACAUUCUUUGGAGAUGAUUUCAUCCCUAACGAUAUUGUGAUAGGCUUAGAAGAUGAAAAAACAAAAAGCAGAGCUACUUGUGUCCUUGUGACUGGUCCAAACAUGGGAGGAAAAUCUACGCUCAUGAGACAGGCUGGUCUCUUGGUAGUAAUGGCUCAGUUGGGAUGCUUUGUACCUGCUGAAUCUUGCAGGCUUACUCCUGUUGAUAGAGUGUUCACUAGACUAGGAGCUUCAGAUAGAAUUAUGUCAGGUGGGUUCCAUGUGUUUUUGUAAAUUAAUUGCCUUCUCAACACAAUAUGUAAUGAUCAAAUUGAAGGAUUUCUUUCUAAACUACCUCCAAGUUCAGUCUGAGCUAAAAAUUAUCAUGCCAAACCUAGAAAGUACAAAUCAAUUCCAAUUUCUCUAUUAUUGAUUAGAAAAUAACAGGGUUUAAAUACACAGCAUGCUUUCAAUUGUCUGGCAGGUGAAAGUAUAUUGUUUUAAGAUGCUAUUAUUUUCUGGUUGAACAUUUACAACAUUCCUAGUAGAUUAAUAAAAUAUCAGCAUUAUAAUGAAGAGAAGCAUGAAAAAUCUACAGAGUUGAAUAUUGCCUUAAUCCAAGGCUUGAAUUAAAUAAACCUAGAAACUCUUAUAGGUAGUUUUCGAUUUACGAAUGUAAUAGAAUUCCUGCCAUGCGUAACCUGAGGAAUUCUUUAAUGGUUUACUUAAUGAUUAGUGAAUGUUUUGCCCAAUGCAUUCACUAAUCAAAUGCUCAGGUCAUUAAGUGUGUAUGAGGUAUCAGCAUUGGGAAGACCGGGGGGGUGGGGGCUAGUGCCCCACCUAGUCACCACAGGUACUGAGCCUGUGGAGAUUCAUUUAACUUUUGAAGAGCUCAAUGAUCAAGUGAGCUGUGUCAUCUCCAGCCUCUGCCACGGUUUCUUUGCCUGUGUUCCUGCAGAUUCUAGUUGUCCUUGGAAAAAGCUUUUGGCACGAAGAGCAGAGGCUGGGAGCGAUGUGCAUGGCCCUCCUGGCCUCCAUUCUUAGUAGCAACAGCUUUUUGCAAAGACAACUGGAGCCUGCAGAGAUGCAAUCUCUUGCCCCUACAGGCUUUGGCAAAUCUUUGCUGAAGGCUUUUGCCGCCAAAAACAGAGGGCUCCUGGUCUCCAUUCUUGGCAUCAAAAGCUUUUUACAAAGACAACCAGAGCCUGCAGGGAUACAAUCUCUUGCCCCUGCAGGCUUCGGCAAGGCCUCAAACACCAAAGCUUCCUGUCUGUUUGCUAAGCUU